AUGGUGAAAUCUUUGGCUGGCCUGACGGGCGAGAACAUUGCCAAAAUCGCUUACGCACAACAUUCUAUCCCGCCGUCAGGGAUGGGUGCGGUGUGCGAGGUGCUGAUUUAUGUCUUUCUUGCUAUUUGCACGACUGUGGUUGGGCUUAGAGUCUAUGUUCGGAUGUUCAGAGUGCAGAACGAUGUCAAAUGGCGACUAAAUGAUUACUUGGCUGUGGCUGGGUUUCUUCCUUAUAUUCCGGCAGCAGUCCUCGGAGCGUUAUCAGUCCACUAUGGCGUCGGCGCAUCAGACGCGUACCUCAACCACUACGAAAUGCGAAACUUUAUUACGGUCCGCGGCAUGGAAUAUCUGAUCUUCUACGAACUCAUCUAUUACGCGUCCUCGACGAUAACGAAAUUCGCCAUCGCAGUUACGAUCCUCUAUAUCUGUGUUGAGAGACGAUAUAAGUAUUUAAUGUACGGGAUUAUGGGCAUCAUGACCGUCACGGCCGUAAUUUGCGUGGUUUGGUUCUUUGUGAACUGCGUUCCAUUUCAAACGUACUGGAAUCCUGGUGCGGGCAAAUGCAAAUCUGCAAAUGGAUUCUUGUACCUCAGCUAUGUUGGUACAUCAGCGCAGGUGGCUAGCGACUGGGCUUGUGCAAUGACACCUUUCUUCAUCGUCUAUUCGUUACAGAUGCCGACACGGAGUAAGCUCACAGUCGUGGGAAUCCUGGGGCUUGGCGUGCUCGCUAGUAUUGCUGCUCUUAUGCGCAUGAUCUCGUACAAGUACAUCGAAAUACGAGAAUACCCCCAUAAUCACAUGGAGGCCCAAGGUCGACUACUUUUCUGGUCACUACUAGAAUCUAGCCUCGCUAUUAUUGCUUGUUCAUUGCCGUCGCUCAAGGUAUUUGACUCAGAUGAACUCACUGAGUCCUCAUGGACAUGCAAGGACUACAGUAUCUAUUAA